AUGACAAACAAAUUGCCAUCCCAUCAACCAAGUGACCUAAGCAAUCAGCCAGGUACGGCCAGCAAAUUGCCCUCUACCGAUACAGAUGUAAGCCGCGCAGCAAAGCCAUCAUCUGAUGGACGUAGACGUGGAUGGCGACUGUCAUACCUCCCUUAUAAGGAAGUAACAGAGGAAGAUUUAAGGGAGCGUGGUUACCUAGUGAAGGAUGAUUCUCCGCGAAGACCAAAGUCAACAAGACCACGACACACUCCUCCUAGAAUGGGCGUUUACGUGUGGAAAGACGAAGAUGWUUUUUUUGAUCAAAAUCCAGAAUCUGCAAAAGUAUUUGAAGAAAUAAAGGUGACUGAAAGUGAUUCUAACAGCAGUAAUAGCAGUAAAGAAAGUAACAGUGAUGGUAAGGAACUGUUAGAAUCUAACAUCGAUGAGAUCAGCAUGUGGCGAUGCCGACAAUGUCAGAAAACGUUCACACAACGUGUCCAGUUACAAAUCCAUGUUUGUCCAAAUGAACCUUUUAAACCUUAUCGUUGCGGUCAGUGUGAAAUGUCUUUCGAUACUGCAACAGAACUCCGAUCUCACGUGGACACACACGCCAGCGAAAAGCCCUUCAAAUGCGGGUUUUGUUCUCGCUCGUUCGCUGGUGCCACCACACUCAAUAAUCAUAUAAGAACACACAUGGGUAAGAGACCUUUUACCUGUGAAUGCGGAAAAUCKUUUGCUCAAGCUGGCCAACUUGCUAGACACCAGCGUAACCCAGAAGAAUGUGAGCAUAACAGGUCGAUUUCUUGAGAAAUACUCUGAGACCUGGGCGUAAGCUAMAUUCGCCGUCAAGAGAAAUUAUUUAUUUAGAUUAUGUCAAGUCAAACAGUAAGCCAUAUGCUGAUUUGUAAAUGACGGUCCAAGAUAUUGAUUCAAUAUAGAGCUUCUUACGUAACUAACCCUUUAAACCAUAGUUAAUGUUUAAACCUGCCCAAAAGAGAUCGAUAUGUAAACGGUGAAUCGAUCGAGGGGGCAUGUAAGAAGUGUAACUACACCCUAAAAUGUCUUUGAACCCUUAUUCCUUUUCUCUCUCAAGAUAAUGUCUAUGUUGACAAAACCUUUUGCCGACAAUCAUUACGGCCUGCGACCUCUUCGGAAGAAAAUCCUUGAUCCUUAACUAGAAUUUUAUCCAAAACACCUUUGUAUAGUAAAAACAAUGUUGUACUAAUCACUUCACAGUCCAUAGUAUGGCACAAUGUAUCAAUAUUUUCGGUCAGUAUUUCCUGUUUAUCGUCGACUGGAAAUAAUGAACCGGGUAUUCAACCAAAACGCCUCUUCGGKGAUUUUGUCUAUGAAUUUCACUACAGUAUAUAUUUAUAUGGUAAUAAAAUAAUGUCUAAGGGGAUAUUCCAUGUAUUUGAGUCAAUAAAACACGCUCAAUCAGAAACAUACACCCAGCAGAAAAUGUGCAAAAACGAACAAACUACUUUUAUCAUGUACUCUUAGGAAUACAGUAUGUAGCCGACUCCCCCAGGGAGACCGCCUGCCAACGAUUGUCUUUUUGUCUUAUCAGAUUGUUAUCAUCGAAAAAAUAAUUUUUCCUGUUCUCCGACUAGAGACUGUGCCUAAACUAUUGCUAACAGAGGUGCUGUUGUUUCAAGAUAAUAUUACUUUGAUAAAUGGAUUAAAAUACUGCUCGUUUGAAGCAACAUUUAAUUGUUAGGACUCCUUUUUCUUGGACAGAUGGGACUCCAUAAAUGUAUUAUUGUAGUAAUAUAUGCACUUUCAAGAGGUCAUUUAUAAAUAUAACAGUAGACUGAA